AUGGAGGGCAGCAGAUGCUAUCUUCAGAAGGGCUUCGGCAGAAUAAAACUGUGCAGCUUGCGUGUGGCGUUAUUAAUAACUGCUGUAAUGGUAGUAUCAUUUAUACUGCCGGUGAGUAGAUUAGAUCUGGUCCAGGUGUUCUCUGUCUUCACUUCCAGCAAAUCUAGUACCCCUCGCACGGGGAUUUCGCUUCCAGAUGAAAGAGGGAUUUGGCUGGCAGGACGGAGGAUCCCGGACACAAAAGAGCUGGAGAAAUAUGAACCACAUCUGUUCUCUGUAAUCCCACAACGCUUCCUCCAUCUGAGCAGUAGCCCGUGCUGGUACCAGGAAUAUGAUGGUAAUGGAAGUGAUCCCUAUGGGAUGAACAAGUAUGCCUUGCAGAAAAUCUUUAAGGAGAUGCGCCAAGGGUUCCAGUCACGACUUAAACUUCAAAAGGGUCACCAGUACCGCUUGCGCUGUUUGCCCCACUUUUAUAUAAUUGGACAGCCCAAAUGCGGCACUACAGACCUCUAUGACCGCUUACGCCUCCACCCCAACAUCCACUUCUCUGUUAUCAAGGAGCCACACUGGUGGACAAGGAGACGCUUUGGAAUUAUGGAACUAGAUGAACCUUUCCAGAAGCCUUUCCCACUGGAGGAUUAUCUGGACCUCUUUGAUUUGGCAUCACAAAAUAUCCAUGAUCAUCACAGAGAAGACACAGAAUUAGAAACAGGGUGGACUGAUCCCAUCCUCACAGGAGAGGCUAGUCCAUCCACCAUGUGGGACAACAGUCCUUGGUUUUAUUUUUAUGAUAAUGUCACCAACACAGAACCUCCAGUGUUAAUCCAGGACUUCAUCCAUGCCAUCCAGCCACGGGCAAAGUUCAUUGCCAUCCUUCGGGAUCCAGUGGAGAGGUUGUAUUCAGAUUAUCUGUACUUUGGAAUUGCUAACAAAUCGGCCAUUGACUUCAACAAUAAAGUGAAUGAGUCACUGCAGAUGUUUGAGAGCUGCCUGCGGGAUUCUUCGCUCCGCUCCUGCGCUUACAACACUACCUUAAAUGAAGUACUGCCGGUGCGGUUACAAGUCGGCCUUUAUGUGGUUUAUUUGUGGGACUGGCUGUCCGUGUUUGACCCGGAUCAGUUUCUUAUUCUCCGACUAGAAGAUCAUGCUGCUAAUAUCUCACAAAGCAUGAGGCUGGUGUACAAGUUCCUCAGUCUGGGGCCAUUGAGUGAUGAACAGGCGGCCUCCAUAGCACACAAACAAGCUUCCAACAGCCGUCGCCCAGAUGACCGUAACCUGGGGCCUAUGCUUCCUCACACCAGACAGCUCCUGUUGGAUUUUUACAGACCCUACAACCAGAAGCUGUCUCAGGUGCUUGCCAACAAUGCUUAUAUGUGGGAGAUGUAGCGAAAGCAUCAUCUAAAUAAAUAUACAUUUUUACCACUGCUGCAUGAUCAAUUGCAUAUAAAGGGGUAACUCUGCUCGGAA